AUGCCGAAUGAUAGCUGCUGUCGAGAUCCGUUCAAUGGGAAAGUUCUUCGUCACAAAAGAGGCACAAUUCGAAAAACAUUAUCAGUUGUUCCAAGUCAAAUAUGUAACGGUAAUUGUAUAUUAUUGAUUAAUAUUUUUUACGAAAAAGUCUAUUUUUUUCUAUGGAUCUGGUUUUCUACAUUAUUUCUAAUAAGUAUAAUUAAUUUUAUUUAUACAAUUUACAAUAAUCUCACAAUUUUUGGACGUAAUUCUUAUGUUAAGAAAAUGUUACGUUUAGCUGUAGCCAAAGAACAACAUUUAGCACCAUCUAUUGAAUUACAAGACGAGAAUGAAAAUACUAUGGACGAUACAAAUUUAAUUUCAAAUUUAUAUUCAAAUAGUAAACGUUUAACACAUUUUGUACAUUGGCUGCAACCAGAUGGCGUAUUUUUAUUACAUUUAUUAAAUCACCAUGUGAAUGAAUUAGUAGUUAUUAGUUCUCUAAGUGAAUUGGCAGUGAUAUGGACUAAAACGUAUGAAAAUAAAGCAAAUUUAGCACAAAACUUAUUGAGAAAUAAUUUUAGUUUUCAGUGA